AUGGCAACAACAGAACAUCCUCGGAGAAAACUCAUUAUAAAGAUUUACUUUCCACGUUCCCAAAAGCAUGAGGCCGCCUCUGAGGUUUCUGAUUCUUGCGGUGAGAAGAGGAGUACCGUCACUUCUUCGAACCCACCAUCUCACGGUACCAACACUCCAAACGAUUCAAGAAGCGCGUCGAAAGUGUGUGAGCUGAAGAAUAAGAAGGGUUAUUAUGCGACUGCAACAUGGGUUAACAUUGAAAACCCAUCAUCGGAAUCUUCUGCCACUGAUUCAAGAAUUUCAAGAACCGGGUCUGAAGUGUGUGAGUUGAAGAACAAGAAGGAGGGUGUGCGUGUAGGGUGCAAGAACACAGAUAAGAAGCGAAAGGUCGUUUACUCUCCACGUUCUGAAAAUCCUGAAGCACCCUCUGAUGAGAAAAGGAGGAAAACGAGUUCUUCAAACCCAUUAUCAGAAGAUUCAAGAACUGUGCGUGUAGAGUGCAAAAAGAAGCGAAUAUUGAUGGACCGUUGCAAGAAGAUGCAGUGUUGGGCUAUGUUGAAGCGUUUAAUGGUGGGAAGAGAUGCGUGGGCUUUAAAAAAGGAUAUUCUUGAUCCCAAGGUAUUGUGCGUUCUUCAUAAGUCUGAAGCCAUAAGAAAGCCAAAGGGUUUGGAGGAUAUUGAGUCAAAGUUGAAGAAUUGGGAUUACUCCGAAACUGAUGAGUUUGUGGAUGAUGUGAAGCUUGUGUUGUCUUAUGCUUUGCAAUAUCCUCAAAGGAGUGAGGUUCAUAGAACUGCAAGGAGGAUCAGUGAGGGUUUUGAGAUCAGUUGGAAAACUAUGAAGGCCAAGUGGAUGCGUGACGAACAAGAUUUGCAAGAGAAGAGAUGA